ACAAUCUUGUCAUAUCUGUCUUACUCUUGAUAGCUCUGCUGAUAGUGCUGAAUCCAAAACAACAUGACUUCAUAUACAAAUAAAGGAGAGAAGCAUGAACAAGGGAGAUUUCUCCAUUUUCAUUCUAUCACAAUGUGGGUCGGCAAUGCAAAACAGGCCGCCUCAUUUUAUUGCAACAAGAUGGGAUUUGAGCCUUUGGCAUAUAAGGGCUUAGAGACUGGCAGUCGGGAGCUGGUAACUCAUGUAGUAAAGCAGGACAAGAUCAUAUUUAUCUUUGUAUCCUCUCUUACUCCUGGAAAUAAAGAAAUCGGAGCCCAUUUAGAAAAACAUGGGGACAGUGUAAAAGACGUAGCGUUUGAAGUAGAGGAUUGUGAUUACCUGGUGCAGAAAGCCAGAGAACGAGGAGCCGUGAUAGUGAGGGAGCCUUGGACUGAAGAAGAUAAAUAUGGAAAAGUGAAAUUUGCAGUGGUUAAAACGUAUGGAGACACAACACAUACUCUGGUGGAGAAGCUGACUUACACGGGCAUCUUUUUACCUGGUUUUGAACCUCCUCUAUUUCAAGAUCCACUGUUGCCAAAACUGCCAUGUUGCAAAUUAAACUUUAUUGAUCAUGUGGUGGGAAAUCAGCCUGAUGAUGAAAUGGUUCCAGUGGUUGACUGGUAUCAGAAAUCUCUUCUUUUCCACCGUUUUUGGUCUGUGGAUGACAAGCAACUUCACACUGACUUUAGUGCCUUACGCUCAAUUGUGGUCGCCAAUUAUGAAGAGACUAUAAAAAUGCCGAUAAAUGAGCCUGCACCAGGGAAGAAAAAGUCACAAAUCCAGGAAUAUGUUGAUUACAAUGGUGGGCCUGGAGUUCAACACAUUGCACUGAAUUCGUCAGAUAUUAUUUGUGCUAUUUCCAACCUAAAGGAGCGAGGAAUGGAAUUUAUGUCAGUUCCCUCCACCUAUUACCAAACAUUAAGAGAAAACCUCAGAUCUGCUAAGAUCCACGUAAAGGAGAAUGUCGACAAACUGGAGGAACUGAAAAUUUUAGUUGAUUUCGAUGAAAAAGGUUACCUGCUGCAGAUUUUCACUAAACCAGUUCAGGAUAGACCAACCCUGUUUUUGGAGGUUAUACAGCGUCACAAUCACCAGGGAUUUGGUGCUGGAAACUUCAAAUCAUUGUUUGAGGCUAUUGAGAAGGAUCAAGCGGCACGAGGAAACCUCACUGCUUUGACACCAAAUGGAGAACUGGAAAUCCUCUAAACAGGGACAACCUUGGCAUUUGGGCCCUGGGCAAGACAAAUUUGUGUCUUGUCACUUCCAAAAGAUUGUCCUAUUGCAACAGACGAGCAGAGCUUUCAAUAUAAAUAAUAUUUAUGCUGUGCUAUUGAAAUAUUAUAUGAUUCUGCAAAAUUUCAGUUACCACUAAACAAAUUAGUAUUAUUGUUUUGCAUGUAAUAUGGAUAGCUUUACAAUUAUUACAUGAAACUAAAAGAAAAAAACUGCAGGUUAUUAGCUAUAACAAUUUGUUUGUCAGAGUCUAAAUUGUUAGCUUUUGGUAUUGUUCAUAUUUUGUAACAUUUCACGUUAUUGACUACGUUCAUUAAAAUACAUUAUUACCAUUUAAA